AUGGACCUUGCAGUAAGAGUUUCCUUUCUUCUGCUGGUGCUUCUGGGCUAUUGUGAGGGUCAGCCUGGAGAGGAUCGUGGUGCUGAUGAUGUAAACUCGGUAGUUAAACCUGCAGAGGACAUUGGCGCAACUAUCCUCAGAAUGAACAAUGGAUCAACUGAAAUGCUGGUGGAAGGAGACUUGCUAUUUCCAAAAACCAGGAAUGCUAUGAAAUGCAGGAAUAAACAGUAUAGCUGUUUGUGGCCAAAGUCUAGGAAUGGAUAUGUGGAAAUCCCAUUUACUUUAAGUGAAAAAUAUGACACCGCUGAGACAUAUACAAUUCUAAAUGCCAUGAAAGGCUUUGAGCCACAAACUUGCAUUCGCUUCAUUCCUCGAAGAAAUGAACGAGUUUAUCUGAGCAUUGAACCGAAAUACGGCUGUUUCUCCCUGCUGGGCCGUAUCGGAGACAAGCAAGUGCUGUCACUCCAGAAGUUUGGCUGCAUAGCAAAUGGCGUCGUCCAGCAUGAGCUGCUGCACGCCCUGGGUUUCUUCCAUGAACACACUCGGAGCGACCGUGAUCAAUAUGUCAGAAUCAACUGGGACAACAUCAAGAGCGAUUAUUUACAGAACUUCAAAAAGAUGGACACAAAUAAUCUUGGAACCCCGUACGACUACAGCUCAGUGAUGCAAUAUGGACGGACUGCCUUUGGAAUAUCCAGAAAGGAAACAAUAACUCCCAUCCCUGAUCCCUCUGCUCCCAUCGGCCAAAGGACAGGCUUGUCUGCCAUUGACAUUAUCAGGAUCAACAGGCUUUACAACUGCUAAAAAUACUGACUUACCAAAGGUUUCAUGAGACAGGAUGUUAGUAUGUUAGCUCUACUUGAACAUAAAUGGAAGUGUCAGUGUGAAUGGACACAUUGAGGGUUAAAUCUGAUCAUUUAGCUUAAGUCCAUUUGUUAAAUUAGAGUCAUAUUAAGGCAUUUUGCAAAUCCAUAACAAUUCUAAAAGUAAAAUUCUUCUUAAUUUCUAUGCUAUGCUUCCCCAUAAUUUUUAAAGGUUGAGAAACGCCUCUUCAGCCUAACCUUAUCUUUAUUGUAACCAGGGCAGCUUUUUUUAUUCGAAGCGCUCAUCUUCUUAAGUAUGUCAAAGCAUGCCAUUAUACACCUGGAUGCAUCUAAUCCUGUUAUACUUUGUUUCAAACUGCCGCUAUGAAAGCAUA